AGGUCAGCCUCAGGCACAGUCCCUAUAAAUAACUUCAGGAAGGACACUGAGUUCUAGACUCCGGGAAAGCCCUUGACAAUGAGGUUGAUCCUGUUUUUCGGUGCCCUUUUGGGGCACAUCUACUGCCGAGAAACAUUUGUGGGAGAUCAAGUUCUUGAGAUCAUUCCAAGGAAUGAAGAGCAAAUAAAAAAUCUGGCGGAACUGGAGGCUGAAGAACACCUUCAGCUUGAUUUCUGGAAAGCACCCACCAUACCAGGAGAGACAGCCCAUGUCCGGGUUCCCUUUGUCAGUGUCCAGGCCGUCAAAAUCUUCUUGGAGUCCCAGGACAUUGCUUAUUCCAUCAUGAUUGACGACGUUCAGGUUCUGUUGGACGAAGAGAACGAAGAAAUGCUGUUUAAUCAGAGAAGAGAACGGAACGGUAACUUCAACUUCGAAGCUUAUCACACCUUCGAAGAGAUUUCCCAAGCGAUGGAUAACAUCGUGGCUGAGCACCCGGGACUAGUGAGCAAAGUGACUAUUGGCCAUUCUUUCGAAAAGCGGCCCAUGAACGUGCUCAAGUUCAGCACCGGAGGAGACAAGCCCGCCAUCUGGCUGGACGCCGGGAUCCAUGCUCGAGAGUGGGUCACACAAGCUACUGCUCUGUGGACAGCAAAUAAGAUUGCCUCUGAUUAUGGAAAUGACCCCGCCAUCACUUCCAUUUUGGACACAAUGGAUAUCUUCCUGCUGCCGGUCACCAACCCCGACGGAUACGUGUUCUCUCAGACCAAAAACCGUAUGUGGCGGAAGACCCGGUCCACAGUGUCUGGAAGCCGCUGUGUCGGGGUGGAUCCUAACCGGAACUGGGACGCAGGUUUUGGAGGACCUGGAGCCAGCAACAGUCCUUGCUCUGAUUCCUACCACGGACCCAGCGCCAACUCUGAAGUUGAGGUGAAAUCCAUAGUGGACUUCAUCAAGAGCCAUGGCAAAGUCAAGGCCUUCAUCACCCUCCACAGCUACUCCCAGCUGCUGAUGUUCCCCUACGGGUAUAAAUGUACCAAGAUGGACGACUUUGAUGAGCUGAAGGAAGUGGCCCAAAAGGCUACCCAGUCUCUGAAAUCUCUGCACGGCACCAAGUACAAAGUGGGACCCAUCUGCUCAGUCAUCUACCAAGCCAGUGGAGGAAGCAUUGACUGGGCCUAUGACUCUGGCAUCAAAUACUCAUUUGCCUUUGAACUGAGAGACACGGGCCGCUACGGCUUCCUCCUGCCUGCCAAGCAGAUCUUGCCCACAGCCGAAGAGACCUGGCUUGGCUUGAAGACCAUCAUGGAGCAUGUGCGGGACCAUCCCUAUUAGGGCUCUGCGGGAAUACACGCCAUUAAAAGCUCUCUAGUUUGAAACAAA